CCGGUCCUGAUGCACAUUCUCUUAGAAGCCGAGGCGAUACGCCAUCAGGACCCGCAGCUUUCCCUGGACGCAGCCUACGUAGUUCAGCAUAAACCUCAUCUAUGGAAAAGCUAUGUGGGGUCACAGCAGUACGUCUGGAACAGCUGCCGGGUGGAGCAGUGCAGGUGGUCACAGCAGAGGGGGUGGUACAACUGCCGGAUGGAGUAGAGCAAGUGGUCCCCACAGAGGAGGUGGUACAGCUGCCGGGUGGAGCAGAGCAGGUGGUCACAGCAGAGGAGGUGGUACAGCUGCCGGGUGGAGCAGAGCAGGUGGUCACAGCAGAGGAGGUGGUACAGCUGCCGGAUGGAGCAGAGCAGGUGGUCACAGCAGAGGAGGUGGUACAGCUGCCGGGUGGAGUAGAGCAGGUGGUCCCAGCAGAGGAGGUGGUACAGCUGCCGGGUGGAGCAGAGCAGGUGGUCACAGCAGAGGAGGUGGUACAGCUGCCGGGUGGAGCAGAGCAGGUGAUCCCAGCAGAGGAGGUGGUACAGCUGCCGGGUGGAGCAGAGCAGGUGGUCCCAGCAGAGGGGGUGGUACAGCUGCCGGAUGGAGCAGAGCAGGUGGUCCCAGCAGAGGAGGUGGUACAGCUGCCGGGUGGAGCAGAGCAGGUGGUCCCAGCAGAGGAGGCGGUACAGCUGCCGGGUGGAGCAGAGCAGGUGGUCCCAGCAGAGGAGGUGGUACACUUGCCGGGUGGAGCAGAGCAGGUAGUCCCAGCAGAGGAGAUGGUACAGCUGCCGAGUGGAGCAGAGCAGGUGGUCCCAGCAGAGGAGGUGGUACAGCUGCUGGGUGGAGCAGAGCAGGUGGUCCCAGCAGAGGAGGUGGUACAGCUGCCGGGUGGAGCAGAGCAGGUGGUCACAGCAGAGGAGGUGGUACAGCUGCCGGGUGGAGCAGCGCAGGUGGUCACAGCAGAGCAGGUGGUCCCAGCAGAGGAGGUGGUACAGCUGCCGGGUGGAGCAGAGCAGGUGGUCCCAGCAGAGGAGGUGGUACAGCUGCUGGGUGGAGCAGAGCAGGUGGUCCCAGCAGAGGAGGUGGUACAGCUGCCGGGUGGAGCAGAGCAGGUGGUCCCAGCAGAGGGGGUGGUACAGCUGCCGGAUGGAGCAGAGCAGGUGGUCCCAGCAGAGGAGGUGGUACAGCUGCCGGGUGGAGCAGAGCAGGUGGUCCCAGCAGAGGAGAUGGUACAGCUGCCGAGUGGAGCAGAGCAGGUGGUCCCAGCAGAGGAGGUGGUACAGCUGCUGGGUGGAGCAGAGCAGGUGGUCCCAGCAGAGGAGGUGGUACAGCUGCCGGGUGGAGCAGAGCAGGUGGUCACAGCAGAGGAGGUGGUACAGCUGCCGGGUGGAGCAGCGCAGGUGGUCACAGCAGAGCAGGUGGUCCCAGCAGAGGAGGUGGUACAGCUGCCGGGUGGAGCAGAGCAGGUGGUCCCAGCAGAGGAGGUGGUACAGCUGCUGGGUGGAGCAGAGCAGGUGGUCCCAGCAGAGGAGGUGGUACAGCUGCCGGGUGGAGCAGAGCAGGUGGUCACAGCAGAGGAGGUGCUUGCGCUUACCCACAUGUAA